AAGUGGUCCACGCGCAGCCACAGCCAAGCGCCAAGCCGCUGGAAUCCAGAGAAAGCCAAAGCUGAUUUCCAUUCCAGCUAAUGUGGGUGCUGGUCGUGCUGGUAGAUUGAUUGACAGGCAUUGAAUAUGAGUAGCUAAUGCACAUGCAUGCUGGUGCUAGGUGGUGUUUCAAGGAAUUCUUCCAUUCUGACGAUAUGCGUUGUGCAAAGUAGCUACACAAGCACCCGACAUGUUUCUGAGACAAGAACUUGUAUUACAUUGUUUCCCAAGUAAACAACACGCUUUGGAAAGAUGAGCACUGCGGAGAUGGAACAACAAGCUCCAGCGCUGACUGCGCCGAAUAAGGCAGCUCCAGAAGACUCCAUUAACCCCGAGGAGCUUGAACUGUUGACUCCCCCAUCCAGUUCCAUUCAGGUUACAGUACCAGAAACUGUACCGGAAGCUUCACAGAAGCCUCUUCGUCCUAAAAGGACGAGCAAACGAAAGAGUCACAAAAAGAAACGAAGUGGCAGCGAGGUGCAGUCGGUCACCACAAAUUCACCAAGCUCAUCGACGGUGAACGAUGAAACAGUGAUAUCAGAUGUAUGUUCAUCACCUGUAGAAUCAACAAUUCAGGAAGCGUCUCGCUCCGAUGACGUAGAAGUUCCAACUGUUCUCGUGGACCCUGGAAUACCCGCAACAAGUGCAGCUUCACUCGAUGAACAGAUUCUUGAAGUUCUACGUGACAUCGUUCGCAAAUGCAGCGUCCAAGAUGCAGGGAAGAGGCCAUCAGCGGCAGAAGUCUACUCCACUUUGGAAAAGUACCUCUGAUAGCAGAAAUAGAAGGACCCUGGCGUAGAUUUUUAAUUAAGCGAUGUUUGUGUGUAUUAUAGACAUGUAGUGUAAAUAUACUAUACAGCAUGUGUUCUCAAAUGGCAUGUUCAUGGUGGGAAAAUUGUGCCAUACUUCCAAUUAAAGCAUACUUGACAAUUACCGUAUUUUCACGCGUAUUAGCCGCACCGCAGAUAAGCCGCAGGGCUCGUUUUUAUAUACAUUUUGAAAAUGUUUUUGCAGAUAAGCCGCACUCGCAGAUAAGCCGCGGGCAAUACGAGACGACUGAUUUGUGCGACAAAGGAGACCAUAGAGAAGGCCAUAAGCCCUGUGGUCCAUACUCCGGGAUCGGCACAGUGUACAACAGAGGAGGUCAGUUCUGGAGUUCUACCAAGAUCGGAUUGUGCCCUUGUCGGGUGUUUUCGUGGACUGAUGGGUCAAUGAUCUACCAGAAGACGUGAAUCACUGUCACCACUUUCCUUAAAGCUGCUUGGGGGAAUGCACCAGGAAGAUCAAUCUACUCGAAUGUGGACCCGUCCCUGUUACGCACUGUUCGUGCAUCGGCAGGGCUGCAUCGUGCUGUUCCAGAGACACUGUCGGCCCUUUCGUUAAAAUCGGCGUAUGGGGAAAAUACCAGGAAAAAAUAGUCAUCAGAUAAGCCGCACCGGUGGAUAAGCCGCAGGGCGCCCGUGAGAAAAAAAAAUCGCGCAUAAGCCGCGGCUAAUACGCGUGAAAAUACGGUAGUCAUAAAACUUGAGAUUUGGUAUAGAACAAGCUUAUCUAGCAAACUCUGUCGUGCAGCAAUAAAUGCUGUAAACAAGGUAGUCCGGCAGCCCUUGGAGUAGUUUUAUACCUGUCCUGCAACAAGUGUUCAGAUGUUCAUGAACUCCUUCAUGAACAUGUUUACUCAUACGCAGUGUGGUGAUGUUCACGUACCUUGAUCUUAGCACAAGGGACUUGUGCUCAUUGAUGAUCCUCCCGUGUACGACCACAUACGAGUACGAGUGAGCGUGCAAGCAGGAACCAAUGCAUUUCGGUACCAGACUUCAUUUGUAAAUUAACACAGUUUAGAGGCACAGAACAGUAACGGAGCACAGAUAAACGGGUACUACCGGAUUUAACCCUAAAGCACAAGGCCCUAAACAUACCGUAUUUACUCGCGUAAUUUUCGCACCCCCACUUUUUCACUUAAAAAGUUGUGAAAAUAAAAACUCGCUUAAUUUGCGCACUCCUACUUUCGUGCGCAGCAGAGGUCGUUCCCCCCCUGACGCUCUCGCGUCACGGAGCGCAUGCUGCUCCUUCUUUUGAAAAAGGAGGGUUAUCCUCACCACGAAUUCCCUACAUCAUGUUGCGUAAUACAAGCAAUGACUCUUGCUUGGUGGAGGAGAUAAGAUCAAAGGGAUUACCCGGUAUGGAAUCUUAUCUCUGUUUUGACCUUUUAUCCCCUCACUACAAUAAAGCUGUGUGACAUCGCGCUGGCUUAGGAAAGAACGAUCAGAACACGUGGAGGGAACAUAUCAGGAAAACUUCUGGCGGCAACAUACGCGUCAGCAUUCCGCAAGCUGGCUUCACCUAACGCACGCGUGCUUUAGGAGAAGCUCGCUUUAGAAAAAGCGUGGAAAGCACGUGCUGGGCCUUUUUGAAUCAACUCGCAAAUUUUUACAGCAUUGGCCAAAAACGAAGAGAGAAAAUCCUUACGACCGACUCCUUUCACUGACAGUUAUAGAAAAUGAACAGUCACUGUCUAUUUUCUUGCCUAAAUUUUUAUUUUGGUGUAAUUUUUUUAAUACGAAUUUCGGACUAUACGAAGGUCUUCCGCUACCCCGUGAGAUUUUUAUCACCGAGAUUGUAUUGUAUUAUUCACCUAAAGGAACAUCUUUUAAGAUUUUGCACAUUUUUCAAGUCGGCUCGUUAAUGCCUCGCGUAAUUUGCGCACCCCCAACCUUCGCGUCAUUUUUCGGUAAAAAAGGUGCGCAAAUUAUGCGAGUAAAUACGGUAAUCCCUAAAGGAAGUGAUAACAACGAGGACACAGAAAUGGUUGUGCUUCAUUAUACCCAUGUGCAGGAUGCAGUAAGUUGCAUUACUUGUAUUCGUUGUGUAGCCCACAAUAAAUAAACCCAACCACAAUUUC